AGGAGACUGAGAGAAAGGAUCCUGGACGGACUUCACUGAUAACAAUACAGAAAUCUGCUUGAUACGUUAGACAUAAUGCAGGCUCGUUAACUACAACUGAUUGUUUUUUCGAAUAACAAAAAAGCUUUUUAAAAAGCUGUUUGCAAACUCUAUGCACUGUGCCUUAUGAUUGAUUACAAGCAUUAAAUCAACAGUUAGAUCUCAGCAUCCCCUGUGUCAUGUUGCUUAUAUUCUGUGGACACUUAAACGUUUGCACAAUAUUUAAAUAUUGACCCGAGAGUCAUAAUGUUACAUCACACCUGAGUGGGCGGAGUCAGACUUUAAAAGGCUUCUCCUGAAGCUCCCUUCUGCUCUUUGCGCUUGGGAAAGGAUCGGAUAAACUUCCAGCUACAGUAACAGAGACGACUGAUUUGAGCCGCAAUGCCAGCACCCGGUGUGUGUUUGAACAUCUUAUCAGAGCGUAAUCUCAAAGAUGGACAGGGCUCUCCCAACAAUCCUGAGAAGUUCCUGGAUCAGGACUUCCACCAGCUCCAGCAGUUCUGCCUGAAGGAAAGACUGAGGUUCGUCGACAACUUGUUCCCCCCAGAGAUGAAGUCAAUCGGCCUGGGUCCCCUGAAGCGUGACGACCUCUGGAGAGUGGCGUGGAAAAGACCGCAUGAGCUGGUGCCAAACCCUGUUUACAUUGUUGAAGGAGCUUCAAGGUUUGAUUUUAUCCAGGGUCGAUUAGGCAACUGUUGGUUUCUGGCAUCCGUUGGAGCUCUUACAUCUCAGAAACGAAUCAUGAAGCAGGUCAUCAACGAUGAGCAGAGUUUCUCUGUGGAUUAUGCAGGAAUCUUUCACUUCAGGUUCUGGAGGUUCGGAUCAUGGGUAGAUGUUGUUAUUGAUGACAAACUGCCAACCAUCGACGGCCGGCUCGUCUUCGUCCAGUCCAAAACACAGAACGAAUUCUGGCCUGCUUUACUGGAGAAAGCUUAUGCUAAAGUGUGUGGCUCGUACGCCGAUAUGGACGCAGGAAACAUAUCCGAAGCUCUCAUGGACUUCACCGGCGGACCGCACAUGACUAUUAAACUGAGCGAAGCAUCGGGAAAGCUGUGGGACGCCUUGAGACGAGCCGGCCAAUCAGAAUCCCUGAUGGGAUGCGGUACUCCUGGAGGGCAGGCAGGUCUGCUGCAGAACAACGUUCUACCCAACGGUCUCGUAGAGAUGCAUGCGUACACAGUCACAGGAGUUGUGGAGGUUGUAUGUAAGGGUCAUCCGGUGAAGCUGGUGAGGAUCUUUAACCCUUGGGGUCACGGAGAAUGGAACGGAGACUGGAGCGACAGAUCCCCGUUGUGGGAACGUGUACGUCCCGAGGACCAAAAAUACAAAGUUGUGCUCGACAAUGGAGAAUUCUGGAUGUCAAUGGAGGAUUUCUGCAGGAAUUAUUCAGAUUUGGAUCUAUGUUGUUCUGACGCGAGCGUUCUCGCCGGAUCUCAUUCUUCCUCCUGGAAAACCGAGGUUCACAGAGGCCAGUGGGUUUUAGGAACGACCGCGGGAGGCUGCUCAAAUGACUUAAACAGCUUCUCGAUGAACCCCCAGUUCCGUGUGACCCUUAAAGAGACAGUUGAAGACCCCAGAGAUGAAAGCUCUCCGAAUCUCCUCGUGUCUCUCAUUCAGAAAUCUCACAAGAGAAACAGGCACCUGGCCACCAAUUUCCACAUCGGCUUCAACAUUUAUGAGGUGCCAGCUCAUUUAAAGGACCAAGGGGAAAAAUUCCCCGCCUCGUUCUUCAGAAACGCCCAUCUCGUUGGAAAAAACGAAUCUUACAUCAACGCUCGGGAAAUCGUGGAGUUUUUCCGAUUCAAAGCAGGCGAAUACCUCAUCGUUCCUUCAACUUUCCAGCCAAACGAAGCUGCUUCCUUCCUUCUCACAGUCUAUUCAAAGACAGAAGCCGUCAUUGAAGACAGCUCUGGAUAUGGCAUGACAAGAAAAAAGAUGAUUCCCCGGGAUAAUGACGAAUCCUUUCAGCUCUUUCCACAAUAUGCUGAUAAGUAUGGAGAAGUGGACGUAGAGCGACUUCAAAAACUUCUGAACGACAAUCUUUACGCAGGACGCUCACGGAAAACAACAGGAUUCAGUUUGGAUUUGUGUAAGAGCCUGGUGGCUCUGAUGGAUCUCAGCGUCACUGGAAGGCUGAGUGAAUUCGAAUGCCUCCGUUUGUGGAAACGAGCGGUUUUUCUAAAAGACAUUUUCUACGGCAAGGAUGUUUCGCGCACCGGAAGUCUGUCUCUGAAUGAACUCCGAAGUGCUCUCGUGAUUACAGGGUUUGUGUUGAGUGACAGCAUGCUGAACCUCAUGGCUCUGCGAUACGGCGACUCUAAUGGUGAAAUUACACUGGAGAACUUUAUUGUGCUCGUCCUGCGCAUGGAUUGCAUGGCCAAAACAUUUAAGAGAAUCUCUGCUGGAGGGCCGAACAUGACGCUGGGAGAAAAUGAAUGGAUGCAUCUCACCCUGUACUCGUGAUCCGGAGGAGACUGAGAGAAAGGAUCCUGACCUCAAGACCUCACUGAUAACAAUACAGCAAUAAAAUAGACUUGAAUGCAACUUUGCCUUCAUACUUAAUGCAUGCACGCUUUAUUCAUUAUUGAUUUGAUUUAGCAUAUGGUGAUAAAUUGUGAUGUGCAUUUGAUUAAAUAGCCUACAGAAUGACUUGUGUGACGUGUUUCGUAACGAGAUGAACAAACCCCACACUUUCUACAAUUAGGAAAAUCUGUUUUGCGCUACAAGCAAUAAAUACCUCAGAAUUUCA